UCUAAAAUGGCGUCUGUGGAGCCGGAGGGUACCAAUCCCCAAUCUACGGAAGAGGAAAAAACAGAGACUAGUCAGGAGAUUGUAAGCCCCGAUCAGUACAUUAAGCAUCCACUACAGAACAGAUGGGCCCUUUGGUUCUUCAAAAAUGACAAAAGCAAAACUUGGCAGGCUAACCUUCGCCUAAUUUCAAAAUUUGAUACAGUUGAAGAUUUUUGGGCGCUUUACAAUCAUAUCCAGUUGUCUAGUAAUUUAAUGUCAGGAUGCGACUACUCGCUCUUUAAGGAUGGGAUUGAGCCUAUGUGGGAAGAUGAAAAGAAUAAGCGUGGAGGUAGAUGGCUAAUCACACUAAACAAACAGCAGAGAAGAAAUGAUUUAGAUCGCUUUUGGCUAGAGACGCUUAUGUGCCUUAUUGGAGAGUCCUUUGAUGAAUAUAGCGACGAUGUAUGUGGAGCAGUUGUAAAUGUUAGAGCAAAAGGGGAUAAAAUAGCAAUCUGGACUACUGAAUUUGAAAACAGGGACGCUGUUACACAUAUAGGGAAGGUUUACAAAGAAAGAUUAGGACUUCCUGCAAAGGUAGUGAUUGGUUAUCAGUCCCAUGCAGACACAGCUACUAAGAGCGGCUCCACCACUAAAAAUAGAUUUGUUGUUUAAGAAGACGCCUUCAGAGUAUUCUUUCAUAGGAGACUGCGUCAAGCAAUCGCGACUUGGGAGCUGUACCAAAGCCUCUACAAAAGCAGAGUGGACUGCAUUUAAAUUCAAAUUCCAUCUAAAUAUUGCUAAGAUUUGUGAAAAGUCUUUGGCCUUUUUGUCUUGUGCUAUGUUCAAAUCUCCUCACCACCCCCACCUUUUUUUUCUUUUUUAGUAAAGUUAUCCAAUCAAAACAUUUCAAUGCGCAGAUGCCCAUCCUCCCAGUGUCCAUAUUUGUUGCCCAGGUUAUCUCUGUAAUAGAGUUUUAGCGCUCUUCUAUUACAGAAAUAUUUAUCCUGAAUGUGCACCUACAUCACCCACAGUAAAAUGAAGCUCAACAUUUGCAUUGUAUGCAGUACAGUAGUUUGGUGAUUUGCAAGGCGGAGGAUUAAAAAGCAUUCAAACUUC